CUGGACUGAUAUCCUCCCCCUCUCUCUCUCUCCCUCUCUUCCUCCUCCCCCGUCUUGCACCACUGCCGCAACCGCGCGCGCUUGUGCGUAAGGAGAAGAGAAGGAGGCCGGGCAGGUCGCGGCGGCCAUGGGGUGCUGCUUCUCGUCCGAGGGCGGGGACGAGAGCGUGAAGGAGCUGGCGGAGAGGUCCCAGAUUACACCGAACGAGACGGCCGCCUCGGCCUCGGAGAUGGUUGUGAAUUUAGAUCCUAGGCAUGUUGAGUUCAUCUCAAACCAUGGUCUGGAGAGGCUUGUUCAAGGCAAAUUAUUCACCUAUGGGGAGCUGUAUGCGGCGACAGGGGGCUUCAGUGACCAUCUCUUUCUAGGAGAGGGCGGGUUCGGUCAGGUGUACAAGGGCAUGCUGGAUGCCACCGGCCAGGAAGUGGCUAUAAAGAUUCUUAAUCUUCAAGGUAAUCAAGGCAACAAGGAAUUCUUCACUGAAAUUACAGUGUUGAGUAAAGUACAUCACGCAAAUCUUGUCAAGCUUAUUGGCCAUUGUGUAGAUGGUGAUCAGAGGCUUUUAGUGUAUGAAUACAUGCCAUUGGGUUCCUUGAAAAGUCAUCUCCAUGAUCUUUCCCCUGAUAAGAAGCCUCUUGACUGGGACACAAGGAUAAAGAUACUUGUCGGGGCAGCUAAAGGCCUGCAACAUUUGCAUGUCAAUGCUGACCCUCCCAUCAUAAACCGCGAUGUGAAAUCUGAAAACAUUUUGCUUGGAGAAGGUUAUCAUCCAAAGCUGUCUGACUUUGGCUUGGCAAAGUUAGGUCCAACUGGUGAUGAUACUCACAUUUCGACCAGAGUGAUGGGCACACUUGGAUAUUGUGCGCCUGAUUAUCUUGAGAGUGGUAAACUGACUGUCCAGUCAGAUAUUUACAGCUUUGGUGUGGUCAUGUUGGAGGUCAUCACAGGACAAAAGGUUAUUGAUGACAGUCGAGCUAAGACUGAGCGAAGUAUUGUUGAAUGGGCCAUGCCCAUGAUUAACCAAAAGGAUUUUGCCAAAUUAGCAGACCCGGUGCUUAACGGCCAGUACCACAUGAGGUCCUUGUUCCGGGCCCUUAUUGUUGCUGCCAUGUGUAUUGACAGAACAGCCAACCGGAGGCCAGACAUUACAUUAGUAGUUGAUGCUCUUACUCAGAUCUCGGAGUCACAGUCCAGAAGAAAGCGGUGGUCAUCUCGCCUCCAAUCAACAGUGGCUUCCAAUGCGUCAUCGGCUGAACCGAGAGAGGAUCAGGGAGAAAGCAGCUAGGAAGUUCAGUGCUGAACGACAACAUGGUAUCUCUGCCGUGACUCUGUGAUGGUUACCUGGGUUACUGCCUCGGAGUAGGAAGUAUGAACAGCGCUGUUCCAGUUCGAAACAUGGUUGAAUUGCUAGAGGGAGCAUCUGAUUUAUUUUCUUCUGUGUAUGGGCCUCUGUGUUGGAAUCAGUUGGUAUGGCCUCAUUGUAUGCUUCCCUUCCUUCUAUGGAUGUAAGGGGGUUAAAGUUUUCUCUUCAGAAACAGUUCUGUUUUCAGGUUAUAACUAAGUGUCAGAUUCUUCUAUGGAUGUUAAGGGGUUAAAAUUUUUCCUUUUGGAAACAGUUUUGUUUGCAGGUUAUAUUAAGAAUCCUCUAUUCCAAAGGCGGCCUAAUCCAGUGGUCGCUUCUUGAUUUAUACGGGAA